UACGACCCAGAGUUUUGAGCCUAGUAUUCAAAUAUAAGUAGUUGCUGUUAUAUAUAAAUAUAUAUUUAUAUGGAUCAACCGAUCAAAGUGAUCAAGGAAACGGUGUUCUCAUUAUUAGACAUCGAUCCUUACUCGCUCGUUUCUCCUUGUGCUUACGAGACUGCAUGGCUAGCCAUGAUACCACAUCCUCACCAACCUUCGAAGCCCAUGUUCGAGGGUUGCUUGAGUUGGGUGCUUAACAACCAAACCGAACAUGGCUUCUGGGGUAUCUGCGAUGGCUGCAGUAGACCAACCCUAGGCUGCCUUAGCGCCACUCUUGCUUGUAUUGUUGCCCUAAGGAAGUGGAAUGUUGGUCCUGUCAUGACAAGCAAAGGGUUGGAGUUUAUGGAUUCAUCAGAUGCGAAGAAGUUAUUGAAAGAAGUCGAAGAUCAUGGCUGUCCUCGUUGGUUUGCCAUUGUUUUCCCGGGAAUGGUUGAUUUGGCAGAGCAAGUUUUGAAGGUCAAAAUAUUAAAGGAUCAAGUGGUGGUUCGGGAUCUAUUAUUCAAGACUAGGAAACACAUUUUCGAAACAGAGGGAGUUAAUAAGGGAAACUACGGGCAAUUGCUAUCAUAUCUUGAAGUGUUGCCUUCAUCAUCAUAUGGAUAUUUUGAGAUUGAAGAUGAUGUAGUAAUAAAGCACUUGUGUGAUGAAGGCUCUUUGUUCCAAUCUCCUUCGGCCACAGCACGUGCUUUCAUGGCUACUGGCAAUCCUAAAUGCUUGCACUAUUUGCAAUCUCUAGUUCGCACAUUUUCCAAUAAUAAUAUCACUGGAGUUCCCGCCACAUAUCCCACGAAUGAAGAUCUUAUAAAGCUUUGCAUUAUCAACCACGUGCAAAGGUUGGGGUUGACUGAGCUUUUCACAAGGGAGAUUGAACAAGUUCUCCAUCAAGUUUAUAAAAAUUACGGGAAACUCGAUGGAAAAACAUUCAUGAAACUAUACCAUUCAGAUGCAAUGUUACAGCUACAAAUACUCAAAGACUCAUUAGCUUUUCGGCUUCUAAGGAUGCAUGGCUACAAAGUAUUUCCUAGGAACAUCUGUUGGUUUUUAAAUAACGAAGAAAUUAAAAAUCACAUAGAAACCAACUAUGAAUACUUCUGGGUUAUGUUGUUUAAUCUUUACAGAGCCACAGACCUUGCUUUUCAAGGUGAAUUUGAACUUGGUGAAGCAAGAAAAUUUUCAAGAAAACUACUUGAGAAAUCUAGUUCAAUGGGACCUGGAGAUCACAAUCCAUUUUACAAUCUGAUUGAGCAUGAAUUAAGUCUUCCAUGGAUGGCUCGACUGGAUCACUUGGAAUAUAGAUUUUGGAUAGAAGAAACUAAAACUGAUGUCCUAUGGAUGGGAAAGACUUCUUUUCAAAGGUUAUUGAGCCUUCAUAAUGAAGAAGUAGUUAGUCUAGCCAUCUUAAACUAUGAGUUCAGACAGUCUCUCUAUAAGACUGAACUCGAACAGUUAACAAGGUGGUCUAAUGAUUGGGGACUAAGUAAAAUGGGUUUUGGUAGAGAGAAAACUACAUACUGUUAUUUUGCCGUAGCUGCUGCUUGUUGCUCUUUGCCUUAUGAUUCUCCUGUUCGAAUAAUGGUUGCAAAGAGUGCCAUAUUAAUUACUGUGGCAGACGAUUUCUUUGACAUGAAGGGCUCUCUAAUUAGUGAAUUGAAGUGCUUUACCGAGGCAAUUCAAAGAUGGGAUGGUGAAGGCUUGUGUGAUGUUAGUAAGAAAAUAUUUGAUGCCCUUGAUAAUCUUGUAAGAGAGAUGGCAACUAAGUACCUUGAAGAAGAAAAUAAUCAUGAUGACAUAACCAAUCGUCUAAGAGAAAUAUGGUAUGAAACGAUCCUUUCAUGGCUUGCUGAAUCUAAGUGGAUUGAAAGUGGGAUUGUACCAUCAAUGGAUGAAUAUCUUCAAGUUGGAAUGACAUCCAUAGCAACUCACACCUUGCUUCUUCCAGCUUCUUGCUUUUUAAAGCCAAGCUUACCGAAUUCCCAAUUGUUACGACCAACUGAAUAUGAAAGCAUUACUAAACUGGUCAUGAUUAUAUGUCGAUUAUUGAACGACACACAAAGUAUUGAGAAGGAAAAAGAUGAAGGGAAACCAAACUCAGUUACAGUGUACAUGAAGGAAAAUCCUGAGGUAGAGAUGGAAGAAGCAAUCAAGUACCUGAAAGAGAUACUAAACAAGAAGAAGAAAGAGUUACUUGAGCAUGUUUUGAUUGAUGGUUUUACCAAUCUUCCUAAACAAUGUAGGCUUCUAUACCUCUCUUGCUUAAAAGUAUUCCAGAUGUUUUUUAACUCUUCAAAUCGAUAUGAUUCCGACACUGAAAUGCUUGAAGACAUUGGCAAAGCAAUCUAUAUUCCUUUGAAAUUAGCAUCCAAAAAGAAUCUAAGAAGAUUUCCAAAGCCACCACCCGAUCUUCCUCAUUCAAAAUCAACGAUCACAAAAUGUUCAAUGAACAUGUACCACUUUAGCCGACCCUCCAAACAUUUUGUCAUGAAUGAGCUUUGUCUCUAUUCUCAUAAAAAUGUUGGCAAUUGGAAAAUGACACACAUUAUUAUGCCUCCAAAACUCAACCUCUGCUCCAUUUAAAUACCCCUUAUUGUGUUUUUGAAUCUAGCCCUAUCUUGAUCCUUGGUGUAGCUUAUAAUAAUAUUGUAUCUACUUAAUUAUUUGGUUGUGUGAUAAAGUUGAAUAGCUUAUAAUAAAGUUUUUGUAACAAUUUAUAUAAGAGUGUAUUGAAUACUUAAAAAAAUUCAAUAACAUAUA